AUGAGUGGCGAGGAGGACGGCGGCUCCCAGAACGGGGCCGAGACGAAGUCGGUCCUGUCGCCGAUGAUUCCGUCGUCGCCUGACACGCCUUCUGGCUCUUCUUUCGCGCCCCUCGUCACCGUCGUCGGCUUCCAUCAUGCCCGCGGUCCCGAGGUGGAGUCUUGGUUCGGCGUCGACCAAGACGUCGACCCCGCCGUCGACUUUGGCUGGUCGCUGCUCCCCUUCAUGGCCCUGAGCGAUGGGGCGCACGCUUCCGAGGAGGAUUUUUCCUACUUUACUCUCCUGAGACCAAGGACGGACACCGAACCGGCCACUUCGCUCUUUGGCAUCUCCUGCACCCGCCAGCUCGACUCGUCGCAGCUCAUCAACCGCCCUGCCGAUGUGACCCGCUCGACGGUGCAGAAAGCCGUCGUCGUCAUUGCCGACAGCCCGCAGUUCUUUGGCAUGCUGCGCGAACGCCUCAGUGUCGUGACCCAAGCAUGGUUUGCCCAGCGCGAGUUCGCAGACAUUGAGAUUCUGCGCAGGUUUCAGGAGAGCCUUGCAGACGAAAAAGCACGCGGCGCCAUGAAGGCUGACAACGACCGUAAUGAAUAUCUCGGCAUGAGCUUGCGCGAGCUCAUUCACAAGUUCAAGUGGCAGACGCUCGUCCUACUCAAGUGCUGCCUCCUCCAGCCAAAGAUGCUAUUCUUUGGCUCCCGCUGCGACCGGUUGUGCAUGGUCCAAUUCUCCCUCAUCUCCCUGAUACCCGGGCUUUUACGCAGUCUGCAGGACUGUGCAGACCCCGAGCUGGAUAAUUACGAAAAGAAGUUAUCGCGGCCAACAAGUCUACAGAGCAGCAACCGCACCUCUCUCUUGUCCUUCAUGGGGCUUCCCUUGCAGAUCUUUGGCAAGGGCAGCUUCUUUGGUCCUUACACUCCCCUGCAGCAACUCGAUAUUCUGGCCGACUUUGGCACAAAGUCAUAUCUGGUCGGAAGCACAAACUCUCUCCUCCUCCAGCAAAAAGACCGUUACAGCGACAUUCUCAUCAACCUAGAUGAGGACACCGUCACCAUCACAUCGCCCUCUCUGAGAUCGGCGCUCGCCCUCACUGCGGCUGAUCGGAGAUGGAUAGAUUUUCUCACGCAAGAGAUCAACGAGACUUGGGACGAGACGAACCCGAGCAGGCCCAAGACGAUGCAAUAUGUCGGGAGCGAGGAGUUUAUCCGCUCGCAGUUUGAAGCUUACAUCCUCGGUCUCAUAUCGUCCGUCAAGUUUCACAACUUUCUCGUCGCCAACGCCGACGUUUCCAAGGGCAAUGCCGCGGCCGAGGACCCCGCCGUGGACUACGGCAUGGAAUGGAUCGAGGCCUGGAUGCGUACGGAGAAUUACCGCAUGUGGAACGAUCACACCGAUUCAAACUUGUUUGCCGUCUCGGAGCCCAAGCAUCCCUGCGCCGGCGGCCUGAACAUCGACGAUGUCCAGAGGCGCAUCGCCGAGCAGGUCAAGGAACUCCACUUGGACGAGCGCUUCGCCCAGGGCCGCGAGAUACUUGGUCGCAACUUUGCAUUUGGUCGCGAAAAGGCCUCGACCAUGCUCAACAGGCUCUACUCGGACGUGGAAUACCUGCGAGAGUCGCAGCGCCGCCGGGGAGAAGAGGCCAAGGCCGAGGUUGCUGCGGAAAAGGCUCCUGCUCCGGCUCAGUCGCCGGUGGACUUGGGCAAGGCGCAGCAGACGAUGCAGUCGGUCGGUGUCAAGGCCAGCGCCUACAUGUCCAGUUGGGCGGCCUGGGCGGGCGAGAAGCGCAAGUCCGGAGGCUGGGGCACGGGCUGGGGCCGCAAGACGAGGUCCGACAAGUCGGCGUCGACCCCCACGAGCCCCCUGCCCAACCAGACGGCGGCGAGCCCACGCUGGUCCAAGUUGCCGUCGGUAGAGGACCCGGACCUGCGGCCCACGACGCAGGCGAGCUUCAGCGAGAGCAUUCUCUCGGGCGCCAGCGACUCGCAGGAUGACCGGCCCGAGUCCUCGGAAUCCUACGCCGCGGCCGUUCUACCAGACAAGGACAACCCCUGGGUAGCCGAGUUAGACAAGCCCGGCACGCGGCCCGCACCGGUAGUCGUGGACGCCAGGGCAGUGGAGGACGGGUUCCAGAGUGAGUCCGUGGUCGGGGUCAAGAGUCCGACAAGCGACGGCGCCGGUGAUGCCAAGAGCUAG